AUGAGCGGUAUUCGAACCGGAGCGGGUAAGGCCACCAAGCGGAAGCGAGCAGUGAGUUAUCGUUUUUUUUUCUUGAAAUAUUGGAAGUGUGAUAGAAAAAGUGUUUGAAAAAAGGGGGUUUUGGGUAAAAAUCGAUAACGAUGUACCGAAGAAUAUAUCUAUUAACCACUUUUUCACACGACUGAUUUAGCCCAAUGAAGGAAAGUGUGCAAAAUUGGUAUUCACAGACUACCUGAUCAGUGAAAGCGGAAUGUGGUCAUCUAAAAGUGAACUUUUUGAAACCGAGAUGGGGACCCUUUUCGAGAACUUUUGAGAAUUUAGGCCAGCCAGUAGUAACCUAGUAAAAACAGUCGGAUUUUGGGUGAAAACUGAUGAAAUCGCUUUUUUUUAAACCAUUUCUGGUUUUUGGCUGCGUUGAAAAAAAGUAAGUAAAUUAAAAAGUGUAAAAAUGUGUAUUCAAAUCUGUAACAGAGUAAAUUAAAAUGUGUAUGGAUAAAUAGUGUUUGAAACAGUGCGUCCGCCAACCGUCAAAAUAGGGAGAAGAAAAUGUGAAUGAGCGAGAGAAGGGGAGAUUCGUAUACUUGCUGAAAGUGAAGAUUGUCUCUGGACGCCGAGAUGGGGACACUUUUUGAGAACCUUCGAAAAUAUGGUUCAAGAGAUAAACUAGUAAAUUACACAUUGCCCAUCUAGAAGGCAACUUUUUGAAACUGGAAAUAGGGAUUAUUGAUUGAUGCAAUGUAAAAACAACUUGAAAACCAUCUAAAACCGUCCAAAUCAAUGAAUGUUUCAGGGAAGAGCCUUGAAAAAGCCGUCUUCGUCGUCGGGAUCGGAGGAUGAGGAGGUGGACACGUGCGUCGAGCUGAACAAGUCGAGAGUUCUGAUUGUGGAGAAGGACGACGGAAAGAGCCGGGAGGACGGAGACGUCCUCAUUCAGACCAUCGACUUCCCGCACUUCAACUCCACUCCCACAACAAACACGACGAUCUAUCUGCAGAUGGACCAGCGGUACACACAGGUACAAACUUUUGCAAUACCGUGAGAUGAAGUAAAUGAUCUUUACGAAACUGGAAAAUGGUGUACAAUACGUAAAUUGAGCACUAAACUUUAAUAUCGCCGUUUAGAGUCUGUUUCAACGUCAUUGUUAGUAGACGGGACAUUAAGAAUCGAUAGUUGCUUAUUGCUGUCAAACUUCAUUGUUCCCUUUUCAGUUGGAGGUGUACGAAAAGGCGGCCCGACUGAACGGAUCCCCGUGGAAAGGCCUGUUCUCCUACGUCUCCGGAAAGCUUUUGCAGUCUAUAAAAGUGAGCACGGAGACCGAAAAAGAGAGCACCUCGAUUUGGGUCCUGCAACGACUUUUGCGAGCGCCGAAGUAGGUUCCGAACCCAUAGAAACCUACAAUAUUCAUUGCAGACGCGUUACGCAAGCGGGUCUCGCCGUGAAGUACGUGAUCAACCGGAAAGGAUGCGUCGAGUUCAACUUUUAUAUGAAAAAGGAGCAAAUUCUCGAGUCGAUCGGCGACGUCACUCCGCAUUUGUUCGAAACUUUCAAGUACAAGUCGCAGAAUGUGUUGAAGAUCAUCAUCCAGGGACCGGAAAUGGUCAGUUGCACCGAAAUCCUGAAUCGACAGUUGUCAUUUGUUGCAGGACGCCGACUUUGACCCGCUGGAAGAGUUUGACGAAGACGCACAGCUUAGGAACCGACAAUAUGAGACGAAUUUUGGAGAUUUCUUUAGUUAUGUAAACGUUUACAAGGAAAAGAAUAGGGAAACGGCGCCCGAGUACGCAUUGAAGUUGGUUUCUCGGUUUUUGACGAUCCAAAAGUCUCAAUUUUGCAGUACGGACAAACUGAACUGCACUCUGAUGCCCUACCAGAAGAGCACGGUCUCCUGGAUGAUUCACAGAGAAACUGAGAAGGAAACGGAGGAUCCGCGUCCACGUUGGAUGGAGAAUUAUGAGUUAGUUUUUUAUUUUCCGGUUUCUAAUGUACGAAAACAUCCUAGUUUGACGUUUGCACACGAAAAAUCCCGCAUUUUCUGACGUACCGUUUCACUUUCAACAUAUCACAAAACAAAACAAUAUCAAGCACUAAGCAAAAGUCAUGAUCCCUCACGCAUUCUAUCUCUGCUUAUUCCCGACUAGCAACUUUCCAGAGUGCCCGCCAACCACUCAUUCCACUACUACCCGACCCUCGGAGCCAUCUGCCGACACCAAUUGGACACGGAAAACGAGCAUCGACUGCUCAAAUCGUUCUCAUUGAAAGGCGGAAUACUGGCCGACGAGAUGGGACUGGGAAAGACGGUUCAGAUGCUCGCACUGAUCUCAUCGCAUCGUCGGAACGAGAAGCCGACAAUUGCGGAUGGAGUGAAAGACGGAAAGAAGGAGGAAGACGAGCUGGAUGAGGAGGAACGCGCAGUGUUGGCCAGUGAGAGUGUCGCCGAGCAGAUGCGCAUUGCGGAGAUUACAUUUAAAGAAAUGGUUUGACCCCCGUUUUUUUAUUACAAAAAACCCCUUUUUCGCCUUCCAGAACACUGCGAAAUCCAACCAGACGGGCGUCGUUUUGACGGCUAGCAAAUCGAAAAAGGACUCGGUGAAAUGCGCCGGAUGCUCGCAGUACGUCAACCAGAAAGUGUGUGGAUUCAAGAGCGAACUGUUCGAAAAGGAGGCGUUCAAGUGUCCGAGUUGCGUGAGCGGACAGGCGACGCGUCGAUCGAUUGGGACCACACUGAUCAUUCUGCCGGAGAGCUUGAUAUUCCAGUGGUUCACCGAAAUUUCUAAACAUUGCUCGGAUAAUAUUCGCGUUAUGGUAGGUUGAGACACACAAAUUGCAAAGUUUGCCUCAUCUUUGAAGGCUCAUAUCUCGAAAAUGAGUAAUUGUAACAAAAUGUUGUUAGCUACCAAAAAGGGUGGAAAUUUCAUGCUGAACAACUUUGUCAUACAUUCGAUUCGCUCAAAAAAUGCGUUUCAGUUCUACUUUGGCGUCAAGAAACACGGAUACCUGCAGCCGAUCGAAAUGGAACAGUACGAUGUGAUUCUGACCACCUACGACACGCUCAAAUCGGAGCUCAUCUUCACCGAGCUCAGUGGGCCAAGUUCGUUUUCAACAAACUCCGCAACAACCUCCAAUCGGGUUUUUCCAGAACGAUCUCUGCGAAGUGAGGAAAAGAGUCCGACGCAAUUCGUCGCCUCUUCGUUGGUUCACGUCAACUUUUGGAGGGUCAGUUCUGGUUUUUCACUCAUUUCACAUCAAAUUAGUUACUACCUAAACGAUGUUUCCUUGUGUCACAUUCAUGAAACAUCCGAAUCUUUCUUGUCAGGUAAUCGUGGAUGAGUCCCAAAUGAUGCCGCAAGGAGUGAACACGCAUUUGACGAAGAUGCUCCUGAAAAUCCAUUCGGACAACUGGUGGUGUGUCACCGGAACACCACUCGUCAAAUCGAUCGCAGGUACGCAACGCUUUGGACAUGUAAAAAAGACCGUAUUGGAACUUUAGACUUGUUGAGAAUCAAAACACUUCACUUUUUCCAGACUAUGUUUGUUUUCACUGUUUCAUCUAUGUAGUCGUUAUACUUUUCCCGUUUCAUACAUGUAUUUAAUAGGAAUUUUCGGAACGACGCCGAUCAAGCUAGGAUACCGAUAACUUUUGCAAAAAAACGAACUUUGAGAAGUGGUAGCUCAAAAAUGAGGCGUCUUCGAGUCAAGUCAUCAAUUGCAAAGUUGUUCGUCACAAAAUGCCCAACAUUUGUCGUGUCGCCAUCCUUAUUCGGUUCCUUGCAGACCUCGGUCCCCUGUUCACGUUCCUCGACGUGCUUCCCUUCUCGAAUCCCGACUUCUUCCUCUCGUUCGCCCUCCCCCAAUACGUCCAUCUCGCCGCAAAAAUCGACGUCGAGCGUCUUGUCCCUGAGUUGGCGCCGCCCAAUCUACUGCUGGAGACACUUGCUCGGAUCAUGAGCCGAAAGACAAAAGAAGAGAUUGAGGACCAGUUGCACAUUCCGAAAAUGGAGCAAAUCGACAAGAUUGUUCGCUUCUCGGCCAUUGAAGAACGACAAUAUAAGGAGAUGAAGGAGAAGAUGCAAAGUUCGAUCGGUAAGGAAGCAUUUUCAAGUGAAAUGAUCAACAAUCACAUUUCCUACAUUUUUGUAGUUUACAACUCUUUUAAAUAAUCAUUGGUUCUCAAGAUAUAAGGUUUCAAAGAUGACAGACCCGCUUCAUAAAUGGAUAAUAUAAGUUGCAGCCAAAAUGCUGUCGGGCCAGCCGGACAGCGCGUUGCUCUCGCAGCUCGGAUGCCGUGACAAGGUGCUGCAGACGAUGAGGUCCCUUCGCGAAACGAUACUGACCGGACAGCCGGGCAACCCGAAAGACGCCGGAAAAUCGUACACCUACUCGCCGGAUACGGUCAUUUUCAAGUUGGUGCACUCGAAAAAGUUGCGCAUCGAGGAGUGCUUCCGCGGGUUUAUGACCUACGCCAUGGGUUCGUUUUUUUUUGUCGAUGAUUGUAAGCUCAAAAAGCGGAAAACUUGAAUUUCCCGCUAAAAAUGCGGUAAAGCGCGCUUGCAGACCACACACUCAGUUUUCCAUUUGUGAGCAUCAGUUUUUGAAACGCUGAAAAGUUUACGGUUUCAAUGAAACGGUAAACUUAUCAGAAAUCAAUGCGAGUGCGCUGCUCUAUCGAUCUUUUAUGUAGUGGGAAUUUUAACAUUUUCUACAAAUUCUAGCUGAAAUGAGCUCUUUUUGCAGCCCACGCCGCGGCGAACAUCCUCAACAAUCACAACGAUGAGGCGCUCGAGUCCUACGAGUGCGCCGUCAAAUUGCACUCGGAAGUGAUCGAAGUACAGGCUUUCAUCGAAGAGACAGUCGGAGUCGAGGGCCUCCAACAGGUGCUCGGAGAGGCGGCCGAUUCGGACGGCGACGAAGACGUGGACGGAGAUCCGGUGGAGGAGGAGCAGGAGGGCGAGAUGAGCAAGCGGGAACGGAUCCGCGAGGUGGCCGGCCAUCUGAAGAAGAUCGAGCGGAUGAACAGAAAGUAUGAGAAGACGGGGAAGAAACCGGAAGAGCCCGAAGAAGGCUCGUCGUCCACCAGCUCGCCGAAGCCCAAAAGAGCCAGACUCUCGACGGAACCAACAAAAGUUCAACCCGCAAAUGCUCGGGACCUAGAAGAAGAAGCGGAGAAGGAGCAAGAGCAGCAGGAGGAGCAGGAACGACAGAACUACUCGCGACGAAUGGCGCAGCUCGCGUUCAAGCCACUCAAAAUGGACGCUUCCCAGGAAGUGCACUUGACGAUGAACAUGCGCGAGGUGCAGUUGAAACUGGAGAAGCCCGAGGAGGAGCUCAAGUGUCUCGACCCACUCCACACUGUUUUCAAGAGAUUCUACAAGUUGGAGGUGAGCUUGACACCAUUUUCAAACAGUUUUGCAUGAAACAUCUAUUUCAAAACGAGCCGAAAGAAUCAAUGAAAUUCGUUUAGAAACUCGUUAGCAGCACACAUAAUUGAAAGACUCGUUAAAACGUAUAAAAAGUUAUUCGCAUUUUGAAACAGAAUUUUUCAGCUCCAAAUGGCGAAUUCACUGAACAACGAGCUCGCGUCUCUCACCGACAUGUUCCAGGACGAUCGGGACUUUGUAAGUGAACUGCAAUAUCCGGUCGCCAUCCUCAUCCGCAUCCUUCCAGAUCGUUCAAAUGGCGAGCUACUUUCACGUGCUCAAAUGUCGGGCCGCCCAUCUUCCCGACACGGCGCUCUACCUGAAUCGCAAAAAAAUGCAGCCGAUCGUCGAGCUAAUCGCCCAUCAACUGCCGUUCAUGGCGUUCUACACGGCGAAAGAGUGCGAGCCGGAGUUUGCGAGACUGCACAGAUCGAACACGUGUGUGGGACAGUGUGUGGGCAUCAACUACUGGUCCAAGUACACCGACGACAACUGUCUGCCGCACGAGGAAGUCAUUAUGAAGACGUUCGAUCACAUUCGAAUGGUCGACGAGCAGAGGAAGACGAUCGAGAACGAGAUGAGAAGGGUCACCGAGUAUUUGAUCGAGAUGGUGAGUGUUGGGGGGACGUAUCCGGAAUGUAGGACGUCGCUUCAUUUGUAGACAAUUUUCGAGGUUGAUUGAUCUGAAACUUUAUCAAAAUGUUCCCGAGGAUCAUUUCUAUGAACUCGGUAACAAGUAUCAUCCUUUCAGAGCGAUUUCACCAACCUCCUCCCACUCCUCUCGAAGCCACGCGACGAUUUCGAUGAAAACGAAAAGAACAUCUGGUCGACCCUCACAUGCCAACACUACCUCAUCAAAGGAACGAUGGAGGAGAAGGAGGGAAUUCUCAAGAAUCACACGGAACCGCUUCCGUGCGAAAUUUGUGAGCUAUGGACGAAAGGACAUCGUCUGCAAUUCGAUGCCGGCUAUUCGAGCUAUCACGGUAACGGUCCGAAAGUGUUAGGUUUUACGGGUUUUUUGCUUUCAGGCAAUGUUCGUACUAAAAGUGAGGUGCUCGAGUUGGUCACCUACUUGAUGCACCAUUACGCGCCGACCAAGAGGGAGGAGGUUAGGUUUAUGAGGUUCGUCGACUUUGAGGGGUCAUAACUGAGUUAGAAGACGUGUUAUGUACCAACAAUACCGAUACAGUACAGUUUAAUACAUUUCCAGACAAAUAAUCCGUCCGUACUUUGAACGUCUCCACGACUUUAUCCAAUCGGUCCAAACGACGGCGCUCAUUCUGCUCGAGCUCGUCUACCGUAUCCACGAGCUGAUUCAGUCGAAGCAACGACUCACCGACGAGCAGAUCAUCGCCGUGGAGGGUGUCACCGUGGGCAACGGACGGACGUGUCCGACUAUGAGAAGACUUGUACGCAUCUAACUUCUUUUGGCCACCAACCAAUCGGAUUAUUAUCAUUUCAGAGAUACGCAACGAGUCAGAAGAAGUUCCGCGACGAGCAGGCGGCGAAAGUGCGAAAGGAGCUGCGAGAGCUCCGCUACCUGUCGAAUCUGAUGCAUGAGCAGAUCAGCGGACGCGAACCGGAGACCGAGUGCCCCGUCUGCACAGUCGUCAUCGACGAGUACCUCGUGUUCACAUGCGGACACCGCAUCUGUCAGGACUGUUUCGAGCAAAUGCGCGAGGUUAAUCGGGGGUGAGUUUUUGGAAGGACACUAUACAGUUUUAAAGCUGUCAAAAAGCACGCUUCUGCGUGACCCGGAAAACGAGCCACAUCUUUUCAGCCACCUCUUCGCAUUGGGCCCCCGUACUUCGCUCCCGUGUCCGUCGUGCCGUAGCCAGAACCGGACGGCCGAAGUGAUGUUGGCGAGGAACGGACACGCCGAGCAGAGCUCCGUGAUCCGCGGAAUGCCAGUUUCCGCCAAACUCACCGCCGCCAUCACGCUGAUGAGAGAGAUUAUUGCGGCGGACGACACGAACAAGGUGAUCCAUUUUUCGUUUCCAUGUCUCCCCUUCAACUUUCGACUUUCAGAUCAUCCUGUUCACCUUCAUCGAUCCGUCGAACGUGCACAUUUGGCGCUAUCUCCUGAAGAUUAUGACAAUGGCACGACUGCCGUUCGUCACGAUGAACAAGAGUUCGUGCGGAAAGAAGGUCGUCGAGUUCGAGGUGUCCGCUCAGCAGAAGGUAGUGAUUGUAGAUGGGUUUGACGUCACAAAACGAUGAGUUUGUGAAACUGAAACUAAACCGAACGUCUCGAUACGACAAUUUUGACACUAGUGUUCGUUUUGAUAGUAUUCAAACUUUUGUCAAGUCCCAUCUUUGUUUUUGUCGAAUCUCAUUCCUAAUUGAUUCAAUCAUAACCUUAUUCAAGCAAAAAUCACCAGUGAAAACGUUUUUCAUAAUUAGAGUUAAAACAACAAUGUGUAACAGUAAUAGUAGUGCCAAACGUCUACUAAACAACCGCUCUCUUGCAGAUCUUCCUGUGCUCGAUAAACCAUUGCGCGAACGGUCUCAACAUGACCGGCGCGAACCACAUCAUCUUCCUCGAUCCGCCCGAAAACCGUUCGACGCUCCUUCAAGGAAUCGGACGUAUCAAUCGGUUCGGACAGAAGCGCGAGAUGAAAGUGUUCCAUUUGGUCGUCGACGGAAGUCUCGACACUGAGCUCAGGUCCUAUGGCAAACUGAAGCGGUCCGCACACAACGAAAGUACGAAAAGUUGAAAAGUUGAGAACAAAAACCCAUUUUUAUUUGUUUAGAAAAAGGCUGGACAGUCGAGCAAAUCCGUGCAAUGUUCGGCAUCGAGGCGCAAAAUUUCGAUGACCUGUUCGAGCAGCCGAACGAGGAGGCGCUGUUCCGAAAUCUGCUCGAACGGUUGGGCGUCGUGCGGCGGGAGGCCGUCGCCGCCGACGACGGACUGCCGAGGCUCCCCGACGACAUUCCGGUCAUCGGAAUGCAAAGACUGAUGGAACGACACGCGGAAAUGCUGCGAGGACGGCGCGAUGAGCAGCCAUAA